AUGGGGUCUUGGGCUGGGGAUGUGGGGCCGGGGUGGGCAGUGGAUGACAGGGGGGCUGCAGAGCCCCUGAUGUACCCCUUCGGGUAUGAGCUGGGUGAUGCCACCACCCCCACCGAGGAUGACGGGAUGUCCCCCAAGAUCCCCAUCGAUGUCCCCUUCUCCUUCUACGGCCGACCGCACCACAGCCUCUACGUGAACAACAAUGGCGUGGUGUCGUUUGGCGUGUCGGUGGCACAGUACACACCCGACCCAUUCCCGCUGGCUGAUGGGCGGCCCUUUGUGGCACCGUACUGGGGCGACGUGGACACACGGCUGGGCGGGCACGUGUACUACCGCCAGAGCCGUGAUGCCGAACUGCUGCGCCGUGUCACACGUGACCUCCACACCUACUUCCCCAGCAUCCAGUUCACCGCCACCUGGGCCCUUGUGGCCACCUGGGACCGCGUGGCCUUCUUUGGCGCUGCCACCACCGUGCACCGCAAGGAGAACACAUUCCAGGCGGUGCUGGCCACGGAUGGCGUCAUCUCCUUCAUCAUGCUCAACUAUGGGGACAUCCAGUGGACAACUGGCAUCGCCAGUGGCGGGGACCCCCUCACCGGCCUGGGGGGCACCGCUGCACAGGCUGGUUUCAACAGUGGGGACAACACGCACUACUACAACAUCCCGGGCUCGCGCACGGACAAUGUGUUGAACAUCCAGCACACCAGCAACGUGGGGGUGCCUGGGCGCUGGGUCUUCCAGGUGGACGUGGGUGUGGGCAAUGUGGCACCCAGCACUGCACCCCCCCCGCCACCCCGCACCACCGUAGCCCCCCCACCGCCCACCGAGGGCAGCCAGGACGAGUGUCUAGAGUAA